AUGGGUAUCAAGGGUUUGAGGAAACUGCUGGAGCACAAUGCGCCCAAAUCGAUGAAGGAGCGCAAUCUGGACAAUUACUUCCGCCGCAUAAUUGCAGUGGAUGCUAGCAUAAGCAUCUACCAAUUUCUGACUGCAAUGAAUCCUCUCCAAAACGAUAAUGGUGAAGAAACCAGUCACCUUGUUGGCAUGUUCUGCCGAACUGCUAAGUUUCUGGAGGCUGGGAUCGAGCCCGUUUAUGUUUUUGAUGGCACGCCUCCUGAUAUGAAGAAACAAGAGAUUGCUAAAAGAAAUGCAAGGAGAGAAGAUGCAAAGAAAGAACUACUAGAUCUGACUGGGGCAGUUGAAGAUGGAGAUGAAGACAAAGGUAAAGAUGCUGAGGAAUUGAGAAAGAGGACUGUAAAGGUCACAAGCACGCACUAUAAUGGUUGUAAACGACUACUGCAGCUCAUGGGGGUUCCAGUUAUACAGGCACCUAGUGAAGCAGAAGCACAGUGCUCUCACCUCUGCAAAGAUGGCAAAACCAUAAAAAAUAUCGUAAGAGGCAGGAGCAAACCCCUACAAAGAAUUGAUGGCAUUUUCAUGCUGAAACGGAAGGAAGCCUCGGAGAAAGAUACAGAGGCAGCUUCGAACAAGAAAACCAAGGCCUAA